UCUCUGUUUGUAUAAUUAUAUACCAAUAGUAUCACUUGGCACCAAGUUCGAUUUUCAAAAGGAGAAGAAUUUCGUCGAGUGCAGACAACUUUUGACAGCCUCCGCAAUGGACAAGAAAGUAACGGAACAACAAGUACAAGCGGUACUAGGCCUCGAUACGGAUGGAUCACAAGUUCGCAACCAUCAGCUGAGCAACGCGAUCGCCUCGGCCGUCAACCAUGUACUAGAUGGAUAUGACUGGAGCCUGAUCCCAUUGCCUGUGAGGGUGAAUGGAAUUAAAACUCAAAAGCCGCAUGUGAAACGACCGAUGAACGCCUUUAUGGUGUGGGCGCAGGCAGCGAGGAGAAAACUAGCCGAUCAAUAUCCUCACCUCCACAAUGCUGAACUUAGCAAAACACUAGGAAAACUAUGGAAAUUACUAAACGAUUCGGAGAAGAAACCUUUUAUCGAGGAAGCAGAGAGGUUAAGAAUCAAACAUAAGCGUGAGCACCCAGACUAUAAAUACCAACCGAGACGAAAAAAACAGAAAGGCAAUGGAAACGGGGAUGCCGGAGAUGCGACCAUUUCUGCGGAUGAUCUCCUUAAAGUUUUAAAGGGCGACAGCAAAUUAGUUCCUAAUAAUGGGGAUGCGAGUGCAAGUUGCGCCAGCCCUGAGAGCGUGAGUGAUGGAGAAGUCAGCAGCUCGGAAUCCUGCUCUGUCCCAAGCCCCGAGACACCGACUGCCGUUCCCGUCAAGAACGAAGAUGUUAAAAACGACGAGGCGCUCUCAGCCCAGCCAGGCUUUCCAUCCUGUUCCAAGAAGGACGAUUCUAAUAGCCACGCUAUUGAUUUUGACGUUGGUGAUCUAACCACCGAUUUAAUGGCAAUGGGAGAUGUCGACUCGACAGAAUUCGAUCAAUAUUUGCCGACCUACUCACAAGCAUUGCUGGAUUCAACCCUCACUAAAGCUAUCAAUACGACACAGAUAAACACUCAGUCGCUUUCAAACUCUCGUUUUACGACAAGCCAGGCGGUGCAGUCCCCCCCGCCUCUUCCAUCAAGUUACAGGGAGUUCAUGGUGCAGUUACAGAAACUUCCAAGCGAGGGUUCCUUCCCACCUAACAGGGUCGCUCCAUCUGCAACCAUGCAACAGCGCAAUCAACCUGAUUCCAAUUCCUUCUUUCCUUUCUCCGAGUCGGAGGUUAACGUAUGCUCCUCUCUCGCCGCCACCAGGCAGCCGGCUUUUUUGAGUUCUCCAUCAACCUCUGGUACCCUCUCGAGUAGCUCUAAUUCGGGACGCACACACACAUUAAUCUGGAAGUAAACAAAGUGACCAGAUGGGAAGAGCAUGCAAUAGUUUGAGCGAACUGUCCUAGCAUCACUUCUAUGUAACAAUGCCUAACCAUUCACUCAAGAACCGUAUGGAUUUUAGGUAUUUUUCCCGAACUUUUUGUGACCUAUUUGAGUCAUUUAUUUUUUUACUUUGUAUCAUAUGCUUAUUCUGGAACAUGGAAUACCAUUUUAAGGUGUUCAAAAUUAAGAUUGAUUUAAUAUUUUUUAAUUGGAUUUAAUUAUAUAAGAUCGAGUUUUUUAGUGUAGAAUUUAGUCGUUUUCAUAGAUAUGGAGAACAUUGUUUAGUAUAGUCGACAACGACCCGUCCGUUGCGUGAUUUUAGGGCUCACAUGUACAUAAAAGCGGCGACUUGAAAAUCGACCAACGAUCGCUCUGUCUUUUUUUGACAAAGAGCAUUCCACAACAGAUUUUUGCCAUGCCUAUACAAAUAUAUUUUAUUCUAAUAAACAGAAAAUUAUUUCCA